GGUUUGAAAGAUCCGCGCGCGCUGCGGGAGCGGCGGUUCUGCCCGCGGCUAGGAUGUCGGUGUUGCGGCCGCUGGACAAGCAGCCUGGCCUGAACACGGCCACCAUCUUGCUGGUGGGCACGGAAGAUGCUCUUCUGCAGCAGCUGGCCGACUCGAUGCUCAAGGAGGACUGCGCCUCGGAGCUGAAGGUCCACCUGGCAAGGUCCCUCCCUCUGCCCUCCAAUGUGAAUCGGCCCCGAAUUGACCUGAUCGUAUUCGUGGUCAACCUUCACAGCAAAUACAGCCUCCGGAACGUGGAGGAGUCCCUGCACCAUGUGGACACCACCUUCUUCCUCGGGAAGGUGGGCUUCCUCAUCACAGGCGCUGCCAAGGCAGACAUUCCAGCCCGCGGCCCCCACGGUUUCUCCGCAGCUGGGCGGGAGGGCCACUGCAGCAUUCACCGGAACACCGUCGUGAGGCUGGCCCGCACCUACCGGAGCCCUCUGCUCUUCUGCGACCUGGAGGUGGAAGGCUUUCGAGCCGCGGUGGCCCAGCGCCUGGUACGCAUGCUGCAGAUCUGCGCGGGCCACGUGCCCGGUGUCUCGGCCCUGAACCUGCUGUCCCUGCUGAGGAGCUCUGAGAACCCCGCCCUGGAGGACGUGUGAGAGCCGCCGGCCCCCCGAGCUGGCCCUCCCCACGGCCCGGUGCCUGGCGCGGGAGACUUCCGCUGUUGCCUGCCGGGCUCUGGGUCAGCGGUCGGUUCCCCGCACGGCCCAGCCUCGGAGCCCCGCUGGUGGGAAUGCAGCCCCCUCCCCGCCAUGCUCUUCAUCCACCGGCCGGGCUCCCUCUCCACCUCAGGCUUCGCUUGAACAAAGCGUCCAUGGCUCAAAAAUAAGUUUGAAAACCCCUGGUCUCCUCCACCACCUUGACUGUGCAGAUGAGGACACUGACUCCGGACAGUUAGGGUCGGGCAGGGGAGCUUGGACUCUGCGACCCAAUCUGACCCCACAUCCUAGCCUUGCCAGCCUUACAGAGCCUGCCGUGGCCUCCUAGAGCCUCAGUUCCCCAGGUGUGCAAUGGAGAUCGUUCUAGUGUCCUUGCUGCAUUGCGAGGACUGAAUGAAAUGACAAGCCUGCAGCUGUAUUUCUCCCUCCACUUGUAUUCCGUGUGUCCCAUGAUCCCUUGCAGUAAGGCCUUGCCCCGUACCAGCUAAGCGCUCAGUGAACGGUAACUGUUGUGUGAAAUCCCACGGAGCUAGGUUCAAAAGCUGGUGCAAACCCAGGAAUUACACUGUUUAUGAAUUGAUA